AGGGUUACUUCCUAAUAUUGAAGCAAAGAGGCGUUUCGAAUUUUCUGGGCGAGAGAAGGAGAAGAAAUAAGGGCAAAGGUGAAAAGAAACAAACCCAGAGAGGUUCAAUGGAAGACGAUGAAGCUAACCAGCGAAGAAAAUUUCGAGAAGAAGAUGAUUUUAGUGAAGCAAGAGAAAACGAGUUUCCAUCUCAUCAUCCUCCACCUCCUUCUGAUGAAUUGUUCGACAUUUCGACUACUGUUGAUCCUAGCUAUGUUAUUUCACUGAUAAGGAAGCUUCUUCCAGUUGAUUCGAGCACUGAAGAGCGACGUAACCAUCAUACGAAUGCUAAUAAUGUGGUUCAAGGUGUUGACACUUCCAAUGGUGGUUCAGAGAGCAUGGACAUUGGAGGUUACAAUAACGAAUCCACUUCUGAGGAGAAAGACAAGGUGGGUUCAUGUGCGGAGCUGGGAAUGGUAAGGGGGUCAUCAGUGGAAGAAGCUUGGGAAGAUCAUGGUUGUGUUUUGUGGGAUCUUGCUGCUAGUAGAACUCAUGCUGAGCUAAUGGUACAGAACCUAAUAUUAGAAGUGCUUCAUGCAAACCUUAUGGUUUCAGAAUCUUCCCGCAUUCGAGAAAUCUGUCUAGGGAUUAUUAGGAACCUUGUUUGCCAUGAAGGUCUGUUGCAACAUGUAGAGUCUACAGCAGGAAUCGUCAAUAUACUUGUGGGGCAGUUGUUUCUUGAUGAUACCCAAUGCCUAAGUGAAGUUUGUAGGAUACUAACCACAGGUCUCUCUGGGACUGGAUGUACUCUCUGGGCUGAGUGUUUGCAGUCUGAUGAUAUACUUCGCCGUAUUUUAUGGAUUGCAGAAAAUACCUUGAAUCCACAUCUUAUUGAGAAGGACUCAGUUUCAGAUGGAAAUCUUUCCUUUAACUCUCUACUUUAUGCUUAUUCAUGUCCCUCAACCAUUUUCUGUAUCAUAGAAAGUCAACCGGAGAUUGAGAAGCUAUUGAUCCCUCUACUAAUGACUCUGGGUUUGACGAGUCUCUUGAUCAAUCUUCUUUCUUUUGAAAUGAGCAAGUUGACGAAAGAAAGAAUUCCAGAAAGGUACCCCAUCCUUGAAAUUAUUCUCCGAGCUAUUGAAGCCCUUUCUGCUUCAGAUAGCCAUUCUAAAGAGAGUUGCUCUAGCAAAGAACUAUUUCAGCUAGUCUGUGAUCUUAUGAAACUUCAGGACAAAGCUGAGGUGGCAGCAUCUUGUGUUACUGCUGGAGUUUUGAUCGCAAAUAUGCUGUCGGAAACAGUCCAUUUUAUUCCAGAAGUAUUGGAAGAUUUCUCUUUCUUGGAAGGUUUAUUCAGUACUUUACCAUUUGCUUUGGAUGACUUAGAAGCAAAAAGAGCAAUUUGGAAUGUUAUUGCGAGGUUACUUGCCAGAGUUAAUGAGUCUGAGAUAAACACAUUCUGUCUGAGUCAGUACAUAUCGGUUUUG